AGAGAAGGUUUUCAUGAAUUCUUCUUCUUCUAACAGGGAUAAGGGGGACCCUUGUUACUGACUGAUCAUUGGUGGCCUCUAAAUCUGGAUCUCUCACUCCCACACACACACGCAGUUAAGCAACCUAUUUCAUGGUCUUAAUUCCUCCCCCCAUGGCAAGAAUUGUUAUUUGUGUGCACGUUUGUCUGUGUCUUUUGUACCUCUAAACAUCGAGUUCGGCUUUAGUCUGCGUGUUCUAUCCGGCCAUGCACCUCUGGUAUUGUCUUAGAGGGUAGGCUGUUUUAUAAUAGAAGGGAUCAGUGGGACCCUUGUUACUGACUGAUCAUUGGUGGCGUCUAAAUCCGGAUCUCUCACUCCCACACACACGCAAUUAAGCAACCUAUUUCAUGGUCUUCCUCCCCCCAUGGCAAGAAUUGUUCUUUGUGUGCACGUUUGUGUGUGCCUUUUGUACCUCUAAACAUCGAGUUCGGCUCUAGUCUGCGUGUUCUAUCCGGCCAUGCACCUCUGGUAUUGUCUUAGAGGGUAGGUUGUUUUAUUAUGGAAGGGAUCAGUAGGACCCUUGUUACUGACUGAUCAUUGGUGGCCUCUAAAUCCCGAUCUCUCACUCCCACACACGCAAUUAAGCAACCUAUUUCAUGGUCAUGUGUUUUGUUCCGUACAUGUGUUUGGCUUUGCCUUCCUCGCCUAGCUAGCUGCUGCUGCAUGCUGCCUUUCUGCACCAAGUAAAACACAGUACCCAAUAUAUAUGGAGGAAGAGCAGGCGGCGGCGAAGUUGCCUCUGAUUGAAGCAGAGUGCUCUGCCCGUUUAAGGAUUAUCAAUAUUGAUAAUGAUCAAGAACAUGGUGGUCUCGACAGUGCCGGUGCCGGUGCCGGUGCUCCUGUUAAAACAAGAUCGACGGCUGUUCUUUUUAUUUGCACCUUUGCGACCGCCUGCGCUGCCUUCACUGGUGGUUGUCUAGCGUCAUAUACAUCACCGGCUGAGUCUGGAAUCAUGGCUGAUGUGGGUCUCACUGUGACGGAGUACUCGGUUUUUGGUUCAAUAAUGACAGCUGGAGCAAUGAUUGGCGCCGUAAUAUGUGGGAGGAUGACAGAUAUCAUUGGUCGUAGGAGUACACUAUGGGUUUUGGACAUAUUCUACACCGUAGGCUGGCUUGCCAUUAUUUUCGCUGAGGGGGCUUGGAUGCUCGACCUUGGAAGACUGUCGCUGGGAAUUGGGUAUGGGCUUACUUGUUAUGUGGGACCUGUAUAUCUUGCCGAAAUAACACCAAAGAAUGUAAGAGGACUACUAAUGUCAAUCAGUCAGUCAAUGACUGGUUAUGGUGCUUCUGUCACGUUUGUAAUCGGUUCUUUCGUCACCUGGCGUUCUUUGGCCAUAAUAGGUUGUAUUCCGAGUCUGUUACUGCUCCUUGCUCUAUUUUUCAUUCCAGAAUCUCCAAGAUGGUUGGAUUAUAUCGAAACCCAGCGUCUUCAACAGAACUCGGCCGACAAUCUCCUCAACUUGUUUCGGCGAAAAUAUCUUCGUAUACUCAUUGUUGGAGUUGGGCUUAUGGUAGUGCAAGCAUCAGGAGGGCUAUAUGGAUUUCUGUUUUAUAUGAGUGAAAUUUUUGAUUCAGCUGGUAUCUCUAGUACACUGGGGUUUAUCCUGGUGGCUGUUCUUCAGAUUCCUUUAAUUGUUUUGAGUGCAGCACUGAUAGAUAAAUUUGGAAGACGAACAUUGUUGAUGGCUUCUGCUACUGGGCAAUGCUUAGGCUGCUUCCUCACCGGAUUGUCCUACUUCUUGCAAGACCUUAACUGGUGGAAAGAAGCAAGUCCCUUUUUUGCGCUGUUAGGGGUUUUGGUAUAUAUGGGAUCUUACGCAUUUGGCAUGGGUGGAAUACCAUGGAUUGUGGUGUCAGAGAUAUUUCCAAUAAAUGUAAAGGGUUCAGCUGGAACCCUUUGCAUUCUGGUCAAUUCGUUUUGUUCUUUGGUUGUUUCAUACACUUUUAACUAUUCAUUCUCAUGGAGCCCGGCAGGUGAAUACCAGUCUCUUGAUCACUUCUGUCUUAAUUCCAGUGUGUCAUGCACAUGAAUUCUUAUGCCAAGUACUGUUGAUCGUGCAUAUAAAUAUCUUUUUGCGGGGAAUAAUGCUUUUUUUUUUUUUUUUUUUUUCUGGAACAUUUUUCAUAUAUGCGGCCAUAUGUGGUUUUGGGGUUGUUUUCAUUGCAAAACUAGUGCCGGAGACUAAAGGACGAACAUUGGAAGAAAUACAUGCAUCACUAGCUCGUAUUAUGCAGUGAGAAACAUUAAUCAAGGGCCAUGAAAAAUGAUAAAAAUUAUUCCAAGGUUUUUAUGAUGUAAUCGUGAACUACUAUUUAUGAAUUUAACACAAAGUGUGCUUUCAG